AUGUCAGGCAGAGGCAAGGGCGGUAAAGGACUCGGAAAGGGAGGCGCUAAGCGUCACCGUAAAGUUCUCCGCGAUAACAUCCAGGGUAUCACCAAGCCAGCCAUUCGCCGUCUGGCGCGUCGUGGCGGAGUAAAACGUAUUUCUGGUCUGAUCUACGAGGAGACUCGCGGUGUGCUCAAGGUGUUUCUUGAGAAUGUCAUCCGCGACGCCGUAACCUACACCGAGCAUGCUAAGAGAAAGACCGUUACCGCUAUGGAUGUGGUGUACGCUCUGAAACGCCAGGGACGCACUCUGUACGGCUUCGGCGGUUAAACGUUCCAACAGCUAACCACAACGGCUCUUUUAAGAGCCACC